AUGGUGGAUAGUUUAGUGGAAACUCUUUUCGAAGCCAUCACAGUAGGUGACGAGGAGCAGGUGGAAUUGUGCUUGAAAAGUGCGACGAUCGCGAUUGUAUUGGAGUUUGAGGCAAUCUACGGGGAAUCACCGCUGCACUUGUGCGUGAAACUUGGCGGCGUGAGUCAUCUCGGCUUGGUGCGCCGUUUGCUGGCUAGUGGUUUGGUGGAUUUUGAUCAGCGUGAUAACGAAGGACAAACGGUUCUGGAGUACGCAUAUCGAAAUGGAGAUCAAGAGCUAACGAAGCAGCUUAUUGGAGUGGAAAUGGAGGGCUUAGAUGAUGUAACUGCGUGCUAUAAGAUGUUGAAGCAUGAUUCGCUGGACCUUUUCAAACUGUUUCUUUCGAUGAAGAACAUGAGUGAGGUCGAGACGUUCAAAAACAUCGCCAGUGCGUUCGUGAAGUUGAAUGUGAAAAACUUUGUUCUGUCGGAGGAGCUGCGACACUUCGCCCAGUGGAAGCUUUCGGACUACGCAUACCGGAACUUGUCGGGGAAUUGGCCAGGUGUAAAGGACCCAACGGAGUGGAAGGACCAUAUCGAUAUAAUCGACGACUGCUGGCGAGUGAUAAGCGAGAAAUAUGAUACACGCUUAUAUGACGAUGUUGAUGACCAGUUGCUGCAUCGAUUGCACAUCAUCCAUAAUUGCCUGUACUUUCUCAAGCACAAACAAUUUCUCAACCAUCUACCCAUGUCCGAGAUUGUCUUCUGUGUCGCGAUGUUUAUUUCCAUUUUCAAAAAUAGUACCCAAUUCAACGAAUAUCGUCUGUUAGUGAACAAACGGCUAGUGAUGGACUUCGUGCGAAUGGUUCAUCGGCAACUGAAACUCGCCAAAAACCAUCUCGAGAUGGCGGAGAAAGAGCUUACUACGAUUAUGCAGGAAGCUCAACGCUUGAAUGCCAAUGCUAAAGAUCGUUUAAUUGAGGAGAUGUUAGAGAAACUGAAAGCAAGCAACUUCCCUAAUAAGGCUCAUUGGGUUGCAGAGACAACGAAGAAAAUAAAUUAUGCAGACGAACCGAACAAGGAUGUGCUGAUAAAGGAUAUGAAGAAGAAAUUAAAAUCUUCCAAUAAAAUGUACUUGGGCAAGGCGAUACAAGCCAUAGAGGAGGGAAAUAAACGCCACUUUAUUGAAGAGAUACGUAAAAGAAGUUUGCACGUGACGCAUCCGCAGAAUGUGGUGAACCGAUUGAUGGCAGGAAAGGGUAAAACAAUAGGUACGAUAGUGGCAGAGACAGUUGGAGAAGCAUGUUUCGACUUGAAACAUCUUUUGCGUGGUAAAGGCCGGAGAAUCAUAAGGAAAAUCAAAACAUGCUAUACGAAAAUGAAGCAAAUUUAUUCACUCCAUAAAGCACUACACUACUGUAAGGAGUUAAAUCUGGAUAAUGAAUUAGAAGAUAGCGCCAUAAUAGACUCGGUUAAUUCUGUUUCAUGUAUAUUGCGUAUGACACAAGUGUUUGGAGAAGCGAUAAAAAAUACACAAAGUUCUCCAAAUUUGCCAGGAAAGGCUAAACCCGCGGUAGGAGGAAUGUUAACUCAACUUUUUCCUCUUAUAAACAUAUCGCUACGGGAAACCAUUUCACAUAGUGUAUCCUUCAAGAGAAUCCUAGUUGAUGAAGUGUGCCAUAGGCAGGUAUGCAAAACGACAAGGCAACAUUUGCGCACCGUAUACAUUUCAUUCUUGCUUUUGUACGUUGUCGCGUUGAUAGAUGCACGGCAAUCAUUCUACGGUCUGAUGCGCCGAUGUGGUUCCUAUGAAGCAUUACGAUCACUUCUACUUUAUGCGGACGAUACGGAAGAGAUGGAAAAACAGCACUUCAGCUUUUUCGAAACUAUUAAAAAAUAUUUUGAUGAUGCGCAAACUCUGUUCACGGAACUGCAAGACAGCCUUGUAGGUAAAUCGUUAGAAUUCAUCUAUUUGCAUAAAAAAAUGGAGCGUAAAAUAGCCAUUGUAAUGGACCUGGAAAAGUUUUUCAUUGAAAGCAGUCUUGUAACACAUACUGAAAUACGGCGAGCGUGUUUUGUGGGUGACGAUCUGGCGGGCACUCAACGGCUGUUGGACUGGAAACUAUCAAUGAGUUGGGGAAAUAAGUUUUUCAGUAGCAUCCAUUCCGAAUGGGAGAAAGAGCAAAUCCAUACGUACCAGCUGGACUGGAUGGAUCCAAGAUUAUUGAAAUUCAAUCCUGCCGUGCUGGCUGGUUUGCUAAAGACUAUAGCAGUAUCGAUGGAUUGCGCCGAACAAUUCGACUACCUUUGGCACACCCGUAAACUGAUUCAGGAGUUGGGUCUAGCCCGCAGCUUUGAUGAGAAUGCCACGCAAGAACUCAAUCAGCGGCUGAAACCAUAUUACGAUAACAUUUUUUUUGUUGAAAGUAAAUGGAGAAUUGUAAAAACCUUUUGUAAGAGCCGCAAAAUUGAGAUGAACGAGAUGUUGGUGCAUGAAUUAACGAAUAGCGACCAGGCAAAAUUGCAGACGCUUUUUGAUGAUCGUCGGGAAAAGCUUCGUACCAUCCUCGAGAAACAUGACAUGAACACUGUUGAAAAUCUCGCGAGUUGUGGGCGAAAUUUACCACCAAGUGCUGAAGCAAGUUUGGAGUACCUUCAGCUAGAGAUUUGCGAAAUGUUAGUUGCUGUAGGAUACUUUGGUGAUAAUUUUCAAUACCUAAAACACAGAAUGCCAAUGAUACAGGGUAGAAACUACCGAAACUACCUGGCGCAUGAUAGCCUUUCUUACAAUCUCUUAACGGACAGCUGGACGGAGAAGACAGUUAUUAAUGCGUACGUCUUCGCCUACACUGAGCUACAUUUGUUUGGUAAACGAGAAAUGAAAACAGAAGUCAUGGAAAUGUCUUAUCCAACGGUGCAAGAUACGCAUAGAUGGACGGAGGAGCAGUCACAAAUGAAAAGUGCUUUUCAAACGGAGGAUUUGAAUCAAAUUGUCGCUGCAAUAAAAAACGGAGGUGAAAUACGAAGCGUUUUCUGUUGUUCGCCGAAUCAGAAGAAAAUUUCGCCACAGUUUCGAAAUCUAACUGUCCUGGUCGAUUCUUGCAAUGUAAACCCGUUGAUUGCACGAUAUUUGAAUACAUACUUUCAUGGUUUUAGUGAAGUUUGUGAAGAUCCUGUACAUCAACUCAAAAGUGCGUUACUGAUGUGCAAUUAUCAAGCCGCUUUUGAUCGCACGAUAGGAAGGGGGCCGGCAAGAGAUACGCUGAUACGACACGAGCUUUUCGAUUGGCCAGAACUUAUGCCUCGUGUACGCAAAACAGAUUUAUUCAUUCACCUGAUAGCAGCUUUCAAUAGGCAAAGAAUUUUGAAAGCGUUGAUCGAGCAUGGCAAUCAACGAGGCGUUCAAGAGAUACUACCAUUUUUUGAAGAUUUUCGUGACCCAACGCAGCUAGGCCCGCUAAGAGAUGCCCUUGUGUAUAAUAUGAGGUCUAUAGCAGAGCUGUUGCUUGCCCGUACAACGGCACCACAUGGCACCGCUGUUGAACUGCUCUUAAUUAUUAUUCAUUGGAAUGACAUGUUUCCAACCAUUGUGUUGAAAUCGGAAAUGUGCUCUGAAAAGUUGGAACUUCUGCUUAAAACUGCAGCACAGUCGCGAAAUUAUACGGCGUCAGUUUUUCUACUUGAGAAUGCAUUGUUCAAACAGUAUAUACCGGGUGCGUUUAGAAAUAGCUGCAUUCAUGCCGCUAGAAUGGGUGAAACAUCUUUACUGCGGCAUUUGUUAGAAAGCCAUUCAACCACUAGCCAAGUGUUAGCUGAAAUAGUAUAUCAUGCAGCAGUACGUAAGCAGUGGAAGUGCGUUAGCUUGCUGCUUGAUCGGGAUGCCCCUGUUGACAUCGAAUUUUUAGGAAAGAAUUAUGAGCAGGGUAACACUUUAAUCAUACUGGUUAAGUUUGGACUAUGGCGAUUAAUUGAUCGCGUAAGAUCAAUCCACUGUCGCAUGUACGGCGAUAAUAUAACGCAUCCAUUCUCAAUUGCUAUAAGUUAUGGAAUGAUGUCUGGUGGUAUGGUUCGAACGUUACGGCGUCUUGGUUUCGACUGGAUUGACGAGUCUGUGAUUCUUCAUGCGGCGAUCAUAAGACGCGACAGUGUUACUUUGGCAAUCAUAUGGAGGGAGAUUGACGUGAUUAUUCAAUCAAAUCAUUUGGAAAUAGAGGAUAGCCACUUCGCGUUUGCAAUUAAAGUUUUAACAACAUGGCAAACGAUAGGAUUUGUAGAAGAGUCAACAACUCUCGAAACAUCACUUAUGUAUGCUAUACACUAUAUGGAUAAAGAUAUGAUAAAAGAACUCUUAGAUCGUGCGAAAAGUAUGCGUCACCUAGAGGGAAUAGGAAUCCUGAAUAGUAUAGUAUUCAAAACAAGCACAUCGAUCGUUUGUUUCGGCAAACGAAGUGAAAACCGCAUUUGUAAUGUGCAGAAAAGCUGUAAAGAUAUGAUUACGAGGUUAAAGAGCACCGUUGUGCUGGAUAUGGGUUGGCAAGAGUUCACGAUUGAUCUAGGUGUGCCAGUGGAGUUCUAUGUCUUAUCAGCAAACAAAGAAAAGAUCGACCUAUCGCAACAAACCACAGACGUUGAUAUGCGGAAAUCAGGAUCGAUGUUGAAUCGUCUCAAUGAUUUUAUGAUGGUAUCAAAUGCAUUAUUUGCGGAGGCCUCGGUUUUUGCCGCGCACUUUAAGCUAAGUGAAGGAACCUCCGUGUAUUUCUGGCAAGUAGAAGAUAUAAGUUGCGUUUACAAUAUUCUUCCCCUUGAAUCCGAGAUUGAUUUGUCAUCAACUGUUAAUUAUAGAAAUUUUCUCGGCGAAACUCCACUGCAUAAGUGUUUCCCGAACGAUGAGCUGAACAUAGUUAAAAUGCUAGUUGAAGCCGGUGCCAACCCACUAUUUGCCGAUCAGAGUGGAAUGGCAGCGAUUCAUAUUUCUUUGUGGAACUCCAAAGAUUUCGCCGUCGCACGUUACCUUGUUGAAGUUUGCCAGGAUCGCGAAUUACGCAACGAACACGGUUUAUCUCUGGUUGAUCUUGAAGAUGGUAAUUUGAAGAAUCGAUUAAUACACAUUGCUGUCAUGACUGGCCGGCAGGACAUAGUUGAGCGUUUGGUCCAGUUGAAAGUCGACGCCUCGAUGAAAAACAGUAUCGGGUUAACACCAAUUCAAACAGCUCUGAAAGUUACUUUGCCGAAUAAAUCACAUAUGAUCAAAUUACUGCUCGAUUACGAUUCUAGUUCUAUCGACGCGAUGGAUCCGAUGGGAGACACAUUGUUGUUCUCUGCUGUAAAGUAUCAUUCCAUUGAAGUAUUGCAGGAAAUAUUAAGACAUGAUCCAGAUAUAACGCUCUCCCCGGAAGGAUGUACUGCCCUUUGUUUAGCUUUAAUGCUUAAAAAAUCCGAAUCAAGCAAAUGUUUGCUUCGGUAUGCGGUUGAAAAGGGCAUCCGUGGAAUCACGAGCAUAGAUGAAGAAGAUAUAGUUGUUUUAUCGUUGAUAUGUAAUGACUACAGUUUAUCAAAAUCUCUAUUUGAGUAUGAAUUAGAACAUUCACUGGAGGAAAUAAAUGUUAACGACCUACCACGAAUUGUAGCAAUAUUAAACACCAACGUCUUGAAAGCCUCCAAUGUUCCAAUGUGGCAAUAUGUGCUGACGGAAAAGAUCGCCAUGGAAAGUGGUUUAGUAGAAGCUCUUUUCGAAGCCAUCACAGUAGGCGACGAGGAGCAGGUGGAAUUGUGCUUGAAAAGUGCGACGAUCGCGAUUGUAUUGGAGUUUGAGGCAAUCUACGGGGAAUCACCGCUGCACUUGUGCGUGAAACUUGGCGGCGUGAGUCAUCUCGGCUUGGUGCGCCGUUUGCUGGCUAGUGGUUUGGUGGAUUUUGAUCAGCGUGAUAACGAAGGACAAACGGUUCUGGAGUACGCAUAUCAAAAUGGAGAUCAAGAGCUAACGAAGCAGCUUAUUGGAGUGGAAAUGGAGGGCUUAGAUGAUGUAACUGCCUGCUAUAAGAUGUUGAAGCAUGAUUCGCUGGACCUUUUCAAACUGUUUCUUUCGAUGAAGAACAUGAGUGAGGACGAGACGUUCAAAAACAUCGCCAGUGCGUUCGUGAAGUUGAAUGUGAAAAACUUUGUUCUGUCGGAGGAGCUGCGACACUUCGCCCAGUGGAAACUUUCGGACUACGCAUACCGGAACUUGUCGGGAAAUUGGCGAGGUGUAAAGGACCCAACGGAGUGGAAGGACCAUAUCGAUAUAAUCGACGACUGCUGGCGAGUGAUAAGCGAGAAAUAUGAUACACGCUUAUAUGACGAUGUUGAUGACCAGUUGCUGCAUCGAUUGCACAUCAUCCAUAAUUGCCUGUACUUUCUCAAGCACAAACAAUUUCUCAACCAUCUACCCAUGUCCGAGAUUGUCUUCUGUGUCGCGAUGUUUAUUUCCAUUUUCAAAAAUAGUACCCAAUUCAACGAAUAUCGUCUGUUAGUGAACAAACGGCUAGUGAUGGACUUCGUGCGAAUGGUUCAUCGGCAACUGAAACUCGCCAAAAACCAUCUCGAGAUGGCGGAGAAAGAGCUUACUACGAUUAUGCAGGAAGCUCAACGCUUGAAUGCCAAUGCUAAAGAUCGUUUAAUUGAGGAGAUGUUAGAGAAACUGAAAGCAAGCAACUUCCCUAAUAAGGCUCAUUGGGUUGCAGAGACAACGAAGAAAAUAAAUGAUGCAGAAGGCCUGAACAAGGAUGUGCUGAUAAAGGAUAUGAUGAAGAAAUUAAAAUCUUCCAAUAAAAUGUACUUGGGCAAGGCGAUACAAGCCAUAGAGGAGGGAAAUAAACGCCACUUUAUUGAAGAGAUACGUAAAAGAAGUUUGCACGUGACGCAUCCGCAGAAUGUGGUGAACCGAUUGAUGGCAGGAAAGGGUAAAACAAUAGAUGCACGGCAAUCAUUCUACGGUCUGAUGCGCCGAUGUGGUUCCUAUGAAGCAUUACGAUCACUUCUACUUUAUGCGGACGAUACGGAAGAGAUGGAAAAACAGCACUUCAGCUUUUUCGAAACUAUUAAAAAAUAUUUUGAUGAUGCGCAAACUCUGUUCACGGAACUGCAAGACAGCCUUCCAAAGGAUAACGGAGAUGGACUUGCUGCAUAA